AUGGAUGAGUCUCCUAAAUCCGCAAAGCAACACACACAAAACAAAGGGCCCCAGAGUAAGCGCCACUGUUGGGAGUGCCGCCGACGAUGCUUAGUGUGCGAUUCUGAACUACCUGAGUGUAAAAGAUGUCGUACGUCGGGCAUCCGUUGUCCCGGAUAUGGCGAGGUGAAGCCUACCAGGCUGAAAUGGGUCACGCCUGGGAGAGUCCUAUCUCGAGAUCAGAAACAAAAGAAAAGCUUGGUCUACCAAAACCAAGACGGUAACGCCGAUAUAAUUACAGGGAACACAUCAAUUACAGUCUCAAAGAAAUAUGACAUAUACACGCCAAUUCCACGAUUCGAGAUGCAUGAAGAAGUACAUGCCAUACUACAGGGCUACGAGUACUUCAAUUCUUGUAUAUAUAAAGACUUGGUCCCUCUCCAUGAACUUGGAUACAAUCCUUACGUAUAUCCACUUUCUGAGAAACAUCUCCAAGCCGCAGUUUGGUGUCCCGAUUAUCUAAAGUAUGGUAUGCUCUGCAUGAUUCUGAGCCACAGAAUCAAUCAAAUAGGAAUCGCCAUUCCACCCAAAGAAACGGUGGAGAAGUUUUACCUCUACUGGGGCCUUGCUGUUCGUUCUCUCAAUGAAUAUCUCGGCAUGGAAGAUAAGCGUUUAGGAGAUACGGUUAUUGCCGGGAUAUUGACACUUUUACUUGCUGAUAUUCAACAAGGAUCAUCACUCAAUUGGCGAUGCCAUUUAGACGCAAUUUACAGGCUAAUUAUGCUGCGUGGCGGAUUUUACAAAGUGGCCGAAUCAAAAAGUAUGGAGCCACUGCUCCUUUGCUUCUGGUCUGUUGCAGUGAUGGGGAAUACAACAUGUCCUGCAUCAGACCUCUUCAUGACUACUUUCCAACGUGAGACUCUCAAAUUUUUGCCACAGCAAUACAUUACUACUGUAUCUCCAAUUCAGCUGUGCCCAGUAUCACUGUUCGUUGAGCUUAUUAAGAUCAAUCAUCUACGUAUGCGGGUUACAAGACCUAAUGCUGCUGGUACCGAGGCUUUUCAGAAGGGGAGUUUUGAAAUACUCGAGCGCAUCAAUUGUUUCUCGCCCCAUCGAUUGGCUCAAUCUAAAAGUUCAAAUCAAGAAUAUUGGACAUUAGUUGGUCUGGUGUACCAGGCCGCUGCGGCAUUAUACUGCAUCUUAUCACUUCAAAGCCUCUCAAUUAUUCCUGAGACUCCGGCACUCCGAGUCCAAUGUGCCACGCAUGGAAGACUUAUGCAAACGCUUCUGGUGGAAGCCCUCGCGUCUAAAAGCCUGAAAAGGUUCAUGAUUUGGCCGCUCGUUGUACUUGGGGUGGAAGCUGUUCACGGCGAUGCACUUAUGCGUGAAUUUGUUGCUAAAGAGCUGUCAGAACUUAGCCAGAGUGUUGGAAGUUAUGUGCCACUUACGGCAAAACGAGUUCUUGGGGAGUUCUGGGCUUCUGGGAAAACUCGCUGGGAUGCCUGCUUUGAUAGACCGUAUGUCUUUACUGGGCAAAUUGCGGUGGACACGAGCGGCUUAAUGCCGUUAUACAAGUAAUCUUAAAUAGACUUAAGCCUCGAGAUCCAGUUUCAUCCCUAUUGGAAUCCUUGAG